GUUUCACCUUUAACAUUCAACAUGUCCGACGAUCAAGAAAAAGUUCCCGAAACUGCCGAAGAAAAUGCAGAGGUAAAAUCCGAAAUGGCCCCUCCAUCACAACAAGAAGUGACCAAAGCAAAGCUAAGGCCGUUAGCAAAUGACAAUAAAGAGAAGAAGGAAGAAUCUUUUCCGGAAAUCCCUUACAAAGAACCAACCUGGAGUGGGUUAGUGGAUAAUGGCGAGAACUAUAGCCUUGAACUGCUCAAGAAUGGCUGUAUAAUAUCGACAUUGGAUCUCACUAGCAAACCUUACUACUUGUUCGGCAGGCUCCCUAACUGUGACGUGGUAAUGGAGCACCCUUCGGUCUCUCGUUAUCAUGCUAUUAUUCAGUACAAAGCGGGUCAGACGUCUAAGAGCGAUCAAGGGUUCUAUUUGUACGACCUGGGUAGUACUCACGGGACUAUGGUUAAUAAGGUCCCUAUAGACCCUAAGAAGUACUAUAGGCUACGCGUUGGGUAUGUUAUCAAGUUUGGAGGGAGUUCCCGGCUCUUUAUUCUGCAGGGUCCCAAUGAACCUGAUGAAGAAGAGUUAUCUGAGCUCCAGGAACAAUCCAAACCUAAGGGGGAGGUGGGUCAGGUGAUGACAGGGGAAGAGCUGGAGAAAUGGAAACAGCAAAAAAUGCAAAAAGACGAAGAUGAUCACUCCAGCGAGGGGAUCAAUUGGGGAAUGGGUGAGGACGCAGAGGAGGAAGAUCCCAUUUACCCUCCAGGAUUUGGAGAGGUUGAGCAUGAAGAACAUCACUUCAAGGACCCAAAGAAAACUCUGAGGGGAUACUUUGAAAGAGAGGGCCUAGAUCUGGAGUAUGAAGUUGAAGAAACUGGACCAGGUCAUGCAAGAGUCUAUCACUGUAGAGUGAAACUACCAAUUGAGCUUGCAAAUGGUGAUCCAAUGUACGCAGAAGCCAUGGUGACUGGGAAGAAGAGAGAGUCUGUACUCGCAUGUGCUACAGAAGCUUGUCGCCUUCUAGAUGCCAACGGUCUGCUUCGGCAGUCUUCCCACGAGAGCAAGAAGCAAAAACAGAAAAACUGGGAGGAGAAUGACUACUAUGAUAGUGAUGAGGACACUUUUUUGGACAGAACAGGAUCAAUUGAGAAGAAAAGGGUAAAGAGGAUGAAAAUGCUUGGCAAGCAAAAGGAGGAAGUAGAAACUUAUGAGACUUUGUAUGAAAAGUUAAAGGAAGUAGAUGAUCAAAUUCAAGCAAAUGAAGAACGCCUAAAGCAGGCACUGGAAGCUUUAAAAAGUUCCAAUAAGAGUGAUGAUUUGGAUGACUAUAUGAGCUCUGUGACUUCCACUAUGGACAAGCAGACCAGGAUGCACAUUAGAAGAAAAAUCUUUGAUUUAAAGAAGGAAAGGCAAAGAUUGAAAAAGCUUGUGGACAUUGCAAAACCUGCAAUAAUGCCAGUACUUGACAAAACAGCAAAGCUUGCUGGUACUAUACAACAGCAAGAAACAGAUAUCCCUGACCAAAGGGUUUCUUCUCCUUCUAGUCAUGCCGAAUCUACAAACUACCAACUCACAUCAGAGGCAACACAAUCACACAAAAACUCCAAGGAAACCACAAAGAGUACUGCUUCUACUGGAGAACAAAUGAGUUCAAGCCUUGAGAGUGCUGCAGUGGCUGAAAAUGAGAAGCCAAAUAAAAAAGAUGAAUUUGCCAUGCCUGCUCCUCCCUCCACCAAGAGACCAAAAGCCAAGACACAAGUGACUGUGGUGGAUGCUAUGCUGGAGGGUAUAAGGGGCACGGCGCCUGUUGAUGAAGGGAGUGUGAGGAGAAAAAAGAAGCAAGAUACUACUGAUUCUCCUCCCAAGGCUGGCCAGGAAAUGGAGGGUGAAAGAGACGAUUCCCCGCCAUCAAAGAAAAAGAAAACCAAGUUAACGCAGGCUCAUGUUUAUGGUGCACAGAACGAGUGGGAGGCGGUUAGUGACCCGACUUUCUCGUCAUGGCAACCCCCUGCAGACCAAAGCGGGGACGGACGUACAAAGUUGAAUGAAAAGUAUGGUUACUGACAAAGCUGUGUAGCCAAUCAAGCAGUAAGCCUGUGUGGCCAAUCAGAAAAGAGGCAGUUAGCUUCUGUAGCCAAUCAGAAAAGAGGCAGAAGAGGGAGAAGCAGUUAGGUAAAAAAAGCAGCUAUAAAUUUCAUUGGUCCCCAAUUCAGAGUCGGUUACAGAAACAGUUUAUAUCUACCAUAUUGGUUUAUCAUUCAGAAGGCUAGAAAACAAUAUACAUUUUUUUUUCCACAAAAACCCCGGCGAAAUUAUUAUAAAGCAAGACUCCGUCAA